GAUGUGUUAUUCCUUCUCUGCAUCGAAGGAUCAGGAAGUUUGCGCUCUCUGUGUGGCUGAGAAGUUUUUCACCUACUGAGACGGGGGUGGGGUAGGGGGAACAGGUGUCCUCCUAAAAUAGAGCGCAAGCUGCAGUCUGCGUCCAGCCGUGACAUCAGUACUUUUUGUUAGUAGCUGUGUGUGUAUUUGCAGGAUGGCUAACUAGGGCUAGAGAUGCUAACUAGAAUUACUACACAUGAUUUUCUGAGUGUAAUCCUCUGGGCUAGCGAUCUCCAAAAAACAGUUGAGAAUGACCACUUUAACUCAUCGGGCCCGUCGUACUGAAGUAAGCAAGAGCUCUGAAAAGAAGAUCGAUAGUGAGGAAGACACUAGUCGGGAGAGAAGUCCAGACAAUGAAGACUCAGAUGGAGACUCUAAGGAUAUCCGUCUUACCCUUAUGGAAGAAGUAUUGCUCCUGGGACUAAAAGAUAAAGAGGGCUACACAUCUUUCUGGAAUGACUGCAUAUCUUCUGGCCUGCGAGGUGGUAUCCUGAUAGAGCUGGCCAUGCGGGGUCGAAUCUAUUUGGAACCCCCCACCAUGCGUAAGAAGCGGCUGUUAGACAGAAAGGUACUGCUAAAGUCAGACAGCCCAACAGGUGAUGUUUUACUGGAUGAAACACUCAAACACAUCAAAGCAACUGAACCCACAGAAACUGUCCAAACAUGGAUAGAGCUACUCACCGGUGAAACCUGGAACCCCUUCAAGUUACAGUACCAGCUAAGAAAUGUACGAGAGCGAAUUGCAAAGAACCUAGUAGAGAAGGGCAUCCUAACCACCGAGAAACAGAAUUUCUUGCUAUUUGAUAUGACUACUCAUCCAGUGACCAAUACAACAGAGAAACAGCGACUAGUGAAAAAACUUCAAGAUAGUGUGCUAGAGCGGUGGGUAAAUGACCCUCAGCGUAUGGACAAGCGAACACUAGCCCUCCUGGUGCUAGCCCACUCCUCGGACGUGCUAGAGAAUGUCUUCUCCUCUCUGACAGAUGACAAGUAUGAUGUGGCAAUGAAUCGAGCUAAGGACCUAGUAGAACUGGACCCUGAAGUGGAAGGGACAAAGCGCAGUGCCACAGAGAUGAUCUGGGCCGUGCUGGCAGCCUUCAAUAAAUCCUAAAGCCAACAGGUGGGUUUCUCCAUUUCCCCUCCUGACUGGUGGGUGUCAGAGACCCCAUCACUGAGUUUUGUGUGAUGAGAUGUUUCCAUCAUUUUAUUUGUCUUCUCCUGAAUCAGACUCGUUCAUGACCUGGGUAGAGCAACUUCAGGGCUUCUCCAUAGACCUUGACCAUUAUAAGCAGAUUUCAUUUCUCUCUGUACUUCCACUCCAUAGGUGAAUAAACUGGGUGGACCCAUACUUACCCAAGUAACAUUUUCUCCCAUUUCUUGGUUUAGUUUCAUACAGUGUGCUUCUGGGUAAACAGGAAUAUCUAAAUGGGACUUGGAAUUCUCUAGCUACAGAAUAUGAAUGAGAUGAAGAGCAAACCAU